UCUGGCGCCGCAUUUUGAUUUCCGGUGUUAAGUCCCAAGGUAUAUGCUUUGAGAAUGACCAUGGGAACCCUAGCAGUUCCGUCCCGUCGGUUCCCGUUGACUCUUGGUUUCUCAUCUGCUGCCACUGUUUCUGCUGGCUUUAACCGGAGAUUCUCCAGCUUGAGUUCCAGGUCUCUUUCUCUUCCGAAGUCGAGCUCACGUCGACUUACACUCAAAUGCUGUGCUUUAUCAGCUCCCUCAUUAGUUGAACAGUCAGAAAAAUUUCGAGAAGCUUCCAAGAAGGGAAAUUUAGUUCCUCUUUAUCAAUGCAUAUUGUCAGAUCACUUAACUCCCGUGUUAGCAUAUCGCUGUUUGGUUAGGGAAGAUGAUAGGGAUGCUCCAAGCUUCCUGUUUGAGUCCGUGGAGCCUGGUUUACUGGGCUCAAACAUUGGAAGGUAUAGUGUGAUUGGAGCUCAGCCAGCCAUAGAAAUUGUGGCAAAAGAGAAUAUGGUAACAAUUAUGGACCAUGUGGAGGGCCAUAGGAAAGAGGAGAUUGUGGAGGAUCCAAUGGUAGUUCCUCGCAGAAUCAUGGAAGGAUGGAACCCACAACUUAUUGAUGAACUUCCAGAAGCCUUUUGUGGUGGCUGGGUUGGUUAUUUCUCAUAUGACACAGUGCGUUAUGUAGAGAAGAAGAAGCUGCCUUUCUUUAAUGCUCCCAUGGAUGACAGAAACCUUCCUGAUGUUCAUUUAGGCCUCUAUGAUGAUGUGAUCGUGUUUGAUCAUGUGGAAAAGAAAGCGUAUGUGAUUCAUUGGGUUCGAUUGGAUCGAUAUUCUUCUGUUGAUGAGGCCUUUAAUGAUGGCAUGAAACAGUUGGAAACUUUACUAUCCAGAGUACAUGAUAUAGUUCCCCCAAGGCUGCCUGCAGGUUCAAUAAAGUUAUUCACUCAUCUUUUUGGCCCUAAAGUGGAGAACUCAAGCAUGACGAAUGAGGAAUACAAGGAGGCUGUACUGCAAGCAAAAGAGCAUAUCCUAGCUGGUGAUAUUUUUCAGAUUGUACUGAGUCAGCGUUUUGAACGGAGAACAUUUGCUGAUCCGUUUGAAAUUUAUAGAGCCCUUAGGAUUGUCAAUCCAAGUCCAUACAUGACUUAUUUACAGGCUAGAGGAUGUAUACUUGUUGCUUCAAGUCCAGAAAUUCUUACACGUGUAAAGAAGAGAAAAAUUACUAAUCGCCCCCUUGCUGGGACUAUUAGAAGAGGAAAGACACCAAAAGAAGAUUUAAUGUUGGAAAAAGAGCUUUUAGCUGAUGAAAAACAAUGUGCAGAGCACAUUAUGCUAGUUGACUUGGGACGUAAUGAUGUUGGGAAGGUUUCCAAACCUGGAUCUGUGAAGGUUGAAAGGCUGAUGAAUAUUGAACGAUAUUCUCAUGUUAUGCAUAUCAGUUCAACAGUGACGGGAGAGUUACUUGACAACUUAACUAGCUGGGAUGCCUUGUGUGCAGCAUUGCCUGUUGGAACUGUCAGUGGAGCACCAAAGGUGAAAGCCAUGGAGUUGAUCGACAAGCUAGAAGUCACAAGGCGUGGACCAUAUGGUGGUGGAUUUGGAGGCAUUUCAUUCACCGGUGACAUGGACAUUGCUCUUGGUCUGAGAACCAUUGUUUUUCCAACCAGCACCCGUUAUGACACCAUGUACUCCUACAAAGAUGUUAACAGACGCAGAGAAUGGGUUGCUCACCUCCAAGCAGGGGCAGGAAUUGUAGCUGACAGUAAUCCUGCUGAUGAGCAAAGAGAAUGCGAGAAUAAAGCUGCCGCCCUUGCCCGAGCCAUUGAUCUUGCAGAGUCUUCAUUUGUUGAGAAAUGACUAAAGAUCCAUGGCAGACCCUUCUUCCCACUAAUACCUGCCCUGCAGGAACCCAAGAUGGUUUUUUUCUUCUUUUGGUUUGCCUGUUCAAUCAAUUCAGACAAAACUGCCACAGGGUCUACUUUCUGUUUACCCUUAGAACUUCUUGAAGCUAUAAAAUGUGGCAUUUGCUUGUUUUAUCAUGAUGCUGGCUGGCUAUGGUUUGACUGUUCUGGAAAUAAGAAAUUUUUUUUUUUUCC